GACGUCCUAAUACGUAUGGUGUUUACACUGAGAUGGAGCAUUUGAGUGCUUGGAUAACAAACAUCACUGUAUUCAGACAGUCCUACUUCAACUAUGGCGAAACCACAGGCUGCUGUCCUGGUUCUGAUGUUCAGCCUGUUUCUGGGGGAGCUGAACUUGGUCUCUGGUUCUCAAGUAGGAUCUAAUUACAUUCAAAUUGAUGGAUUUCGCGUAAAACGAGCAACAAGCUGCCGGGAUUAUUAUAAUUACAACACAUGCUACUCGUACAGAAUCAACAAUUAUUGCUAUUAUUACGGAAAUUACUGCAGAAGGACAUGCGGAUUGUGCAAAGUAAAGCCAGUAACUACGAAGCCACCUCCAGCCUCGUAUUGUAGGAACACAAGGUCUAAAAUUCAGUGUGACAAUUGGGUGAAGCAAAAGUACUGUACGGACAAAAGAUAUUCCAAAUGGAUGAGAGAUAACUGCGCACUCUCGUGUGGACAUUGUGUUUGCAAGGAUAACAACCAGCAAUGUGCAUCGUGGAGUAAAACAGGGGAAUGUGUUAAAAAUCCAAAUUAUAUGUUAAUCAAUUGUCAGAAAUCAUGCGUUGUCUGUCGCUCAAGAACAGUCACGAAACCAAAACCUAAACCAACUCCAAAACCAGCCCCAAAACCCACUCCAAAACCCACUCCAAAACGAACCCCUAAACCAACCCCUCAACCCACCCCAAAACCAACGACCCAGGCAACUACACUUGCGACCACACGGUCCACAGUUGGUACAAGAAGCUGUGGCCACUCAUCCACAACCGGUGGUCGUAUUGUUGGGGGGAUAUUUGCCCAUCCGGGCGAAUGGCCCUGGAAUGCGGCCAUUACAUCGUGCAGUAAUUGCACCAGGCUCCCUUUCUGUGGGGGGACUUUGAUUAACAACGAGUGGGUGGUCACCGCUGCUCAUUGCGUCGUUGGGAAAGAUCCCUCGCAAAUGUUCGUGAAGCUAGGUGAGACGAAUAUCUAUCAUAAGAGCGGGCACGAAGUCGAACGACAAAUACAGGCCAUCUAUAGCCACAACGACUAUGCGAUUGCUUCAAGAUAUGAUUAUGACGUGGCCUUACUGCGUCUUAGCAGCAGCGUCCAGUUUACCUACUAUAUUCAACCUGCAUGCCUGCCUCAUCUCAAUCCAAAGCUGCCCGCUGGGAAGAACUGCACAGUCACUGGAUUUGGCCGAACAACGGAACGUGGAUACAAAAGCCCGAGACUAAAGCAGGCCAAAGUUCCGCUAGUCUCUCAUGCCGAGUGCAAAAAGGCAGUUGGUAGUUCGGCCUCCCUACGAAUUACUGACAAUAUGCUUUGCGCUGGUCAUGCUAAGGGCGGAGUCGACGCAUGUCAAGGUGAUAGUGGAGGACCCUUAGUGUGCAAGAAUACCGAUGGCUCGUAUGAAUUAGCCGGCGUGGUGUCCUGGGGCAAAGGUUGCGCCCGCGUUAACCAAUACGGUGUAUACGCUGACAUGCAGGUACUUCGUGGCUGGGUAGAAAACGUAAUGGCUCGAAACAGUUCCUGAAGAUCGGGCUAGGGUCUGCAAAAACUGUAAAUAGAUUGAUCAAACUGAAGGACCGAUUCUUACAUAGUAAUUUCGCUGUUUUAAAUCCUUCAAAUUAAGCCAAGAAACUGGCUUGCAUGAUUGGUUGUGCCAUCUUUACAGAGCAAAAUGUAGCUGAUUAAUUAACAAACACUAUACUCCAUAUGUCUGUUUGUAACCAAAGUUCUUUCGCAAAGUUCGGGUGUUUACGGUUCGGAACUUUGCGAUUAUUCUUCGAUUAACUUCUACGAUUAUUUCAGGGUCAGGAAUGUUAAACUGUAAUCAGCGAUAGUUAUGAGAAAUGAUUGAAUAAAUCCAGAUUCCAAAGGAUAAAUUCUUAGCGGAAGGGCCUAUGUACUGCUUCGCACAUUACAUGAAAUGUUUCGACUGAAUUAUUUGUAUCCAUUAACUAGCAAAAACCCGUUAUCAUUCGGUUAUUCUACCGACUGCACGAAAUAUUUUUUCCCUAACUCUUUGAAUGUGAUUUCUUCGUCUGGUAAGAAGAUUAAGGAACGUCGUGCAAAGUUAGACAGAUGCCACCUGCUUCAUUUAACAGGUGUCCAGCAAUCAGAAUUUUCUCCUUGAAGACUAGCGGUGAUCAGAAGCAAAAAUUUUAGUUUAUUUACUAAGUGAACCGUUUUAUUUGUUCAUUAACAGAACAAGGUACGUUUUAUUAUCUAUUUUAUACUCUUUAAAAGUUUUCGGAUGAUUUAGAAGAGCGCUGAUAUAAAUAUUGUUGAUUUAAACGACGGUGUGAUUC